UCUCGUCUCGCUCAUCACAAGGGCAAGUGGCGAGCAGCGGCCGGGCGCACGCAACCCAUGAAACCACAAGCUUGUCACGGGAGAUCGAUGCCAAAGCAAACCGGAGUGAAAGCGAACGGAAAUCUAGCGGACGACGAGACCGCGAUUAGGAGGAAUUGGACCGUCCGCAACGGCGACCCGCUCGUGCACCUCCAUAUCCGGCAGCCGGCACCACGGCCACGGCCGCGAGGAGGCGAAGAACGUCGUCUGGUCCCGCACCGGAUCGCUAAGCUGUCAUGGGCGUCCGAUCCCGAGGUGUUCUACAUGCUCAACGCCGUGGCCCGGCAGAAAGAGCUGUGCGUGGCGAUCAACGUGUGCUGGGGUGACCAGAGGGAGAAGGUGUGCGACGCGACGGAGGACGGGAGGAGCUCCAUCUCGAGUCGCUCGUCAUGGCUAGCCGUGGCCUCGGCCAGAUCCAAAGGUAAGAUCUGCAAGCUCAUGAAGUACUGCUACUGAUAGCUGGUUUCCUUCUUAGUUAUGGGGAGUGCUAUAUGCGAUUAGAUAGGAACAGAUAUCAGAACACUAAUAGCGUGUUUGGUUUGCAAGAUGACCGGUCUGAAAUAAUCCGAUUCAAACACCGAAGCUGCUGGAACUGUUUGGUUAACGUAGUGGAGCCAACUCGUCCGUCACAAACACGUUCAGCAACAUACCAAAUCUGCAGGUUGGGUCGGUUCCUCCAAUUUCGCCAGACAAGUAUGACGAGUGUAUGCUGAACGUACUCAACCCUACAACCAAACACGUUGUAAAAGAUGCACAUAUUUGCACUAGUCACUCUAUGAAUUUCAAAUUGUUGCUGUAAAAAAUUGGAAUCAGACACUGAAAAUCCACGCUGUGCUAUGUUCUGUUA